CGUGAGAUGGGCCAGGCGCUUCGUGAGGCUGCAAAGGCGGGAGAUGCUGAGACGAUCAUAGCCCUGCUGGAUGCGGGAGUUCCCGUCGACCACACUGACGCGGAGUACAAGCAGACUGCUCUGCACUAUGCAGCGAGAGAGGGGAGGAAGGAGGCAGUUCAGGUGCUGGUAGCCAGGGGAGCGAACGUGAAUGCGAGGAACAAAGACUUGCGGACUCCCUUGCAUUGGGCGGCAGCAAACGGCACAGCUUCUGUGGUCAGGAUCUUGACGGAAGCAGGAGCUGAUUGCAACGCACGGAAC